AACAAGCCCGAGACAAAUGAAAAUGCGUGACUGUGUGCGAAGCGAAAUACUGACAAGGAAUGAGUGUUCCCAGCCCCAAACCGGGGCAGUGAGAGCAAGGCAAGAGUGAAGUAGGAAGCAUUCUAAACGGGGUGCCGUCGGUGAUCAGACUCGGAGAGAUAAGAGGUUUCCCGUGGCUGUUGCACCCAAGCCUAGGACGCAGAGGAGGCCCGGAGCAUUUACAGAGAGGUGGAGCUCCUGGAAUCUCACUCCCAGAGCUGCUUCCCCGUCCCAUGAUCUUUCUGGGCUGGGCGCUGGAAUGUCAGGACUGCGGAGAGUUCCUUGGGUGAAUUCCACGCGGCAGGGUUGAAUCCAUACAGGAUUACUAAUUACAGAGAGGGUUUUUAGAACUUCAAUUAUAACCAUGGGGAGAAUUUUCCUUGAUCACAUUGGUGGCACGCGUCUGUUUUCUUGUGCAAACUGUGAUACGAUCCUGACCAACCGCUCAGAGCUCAUCUCCACUCGGUUUACCGGUGCCACUGGCCGAGCGUUUCUUUUUAACAAGGUAGUUAACCUGCAGUACAGUGAAGUUCAAGACCGGGUCAUGCUCACCGGCCGCCACAUGGUUCGAGAUGUGAGCUGCAAAAACUGCAAUAGCAAACUGGGAUGGAUCUAUGAGUUUGCCACCGAAGACAGCCAGCGUUACAAAGAGGGCCGCGUGAUCCUGGAACGGGCUCUGGUUCGAGAGAGCGAGGGCUUUGAGGAGCAUGUACCGUCUGAUAACUCUUGAAGAAAAACAGAGAACUCCAUCUUUUCCCAGGUCUCCUUCACUGAAACAAAAAUCUACUUACAUACACUGUCACCUUAGCAUCAGAGUCGGAUUCAUGAACUGCGGAACAAGAAGUUGUGAGAAUCUAAGAUGGAACCUUCCUUCCUUCCUUUCUUUUUUUUUUUUAAGUUUUCUAUUUUCCAUCCAGCAGCAGUGUGUAGAGAGAAUAUUAUGCAGAUGCCGUUAAUCCCCCCCCCAUGUUUACAUCUUGAGGCAGAAUAGUGUAUUGGCAGCUAUACGGUGGGCUAAGUAAGGGAAAAAAAUCUGGGCCUUCGUGUGAAAAGGUGUGUUUUAUGUAAUUUGGAAAGGAAAAGGUGUGAAGAGCAUGGUUUUUAAACGUACUUGGGCUUCAUUUUAAAACUUGUUUUAAAACCCAGUUAUUUCACUUGAUUUGCUAGUUUCAGAGACGAGAUCCGAAUUUGUGACAAGCGCUAAAGGUCCAGUGUUAGUGUGGCUUGUGCUGGCCCGUGUGCCAUAUUCUUGUGGGAGAAGAACCGCAGCACCGGAGCCCAUUCUUCUUGUCAAUCUUGACCCAAAGAUGUCACCAUUCCUAGUUAAUUGUCACCACGUACUUGGUGUUGAUUGGAAACUUUUCCUGAGGUGGGGCAGAAUUGCUUGGUUGUCUUUUCCAUGUAACUUAAGCAUAGUAAUAUAAAUAAAGUAAUAGUUGGAUGUUUUUGGUCCUGUGUUGCUUUUAAAAAACACCUCUUAAAAGAGCAGAGGAUUCGAUAUGUGGUUUUCAUACUAGUGUUUCUUUUCAUCUCGUCAGCUCAAUCGACUGUGUAAGAUAUUUCUUUGUUUAAAAGCAUACUGUUUCAACCCUCAGUGUCGCACCCAGGAGCUAGUUUAACAUAAUGUGAACAUGCAUUCAUGCAGAAAGCAUUUCAUCUGCAUUUGUUUCCAGAGCAGGGAGAAAGGAAGCAACCUGUCUAAAAAUACUGUUCUACAAAGCAAAAGUUUCGGGUUUUUCCUCCCCGCCUUGCAUUGUGUGCCAAGCCUGUAGAGCCUGAGAGCUUCCUCCAGGGAUCGGGUCUCGCGAGCAUGAUGUUCUCAGCUCUUCCUGCGAGGGUCGGCGGUCAGUUGAAACUGUACUUGGUCCCUUCAAGGGGAAAGGGACCCUCUUUGACUCAGGGUGUUAUUUUAGCCCCCAAUUAAAUUAAAUACCACAUUAUGAGGUAUUAAAGUGUAAAUUGUUUCUUACUUCUAAACACUCUAAUAUUUGUUUCUGGUAGGAAAAUAAUGACAAUAAAUUUGGCUAAUUACUUGAAUAAAUGGAUGUUUGAGUACUCAAAUCUUUAGGUCUCUGUUUCAAAAGAAAAUUGGACUCAGUAAAAUCUGUUGUUGAGAUUAGGAGUGAUUUCUUAGUGUUGUUAGUUUUACGUUUGUCUUUGGGCUCUUGGUUAGAGGCAUAGUUCUCUAAGUAGAUGUAUUUUUAUUGUGUUUGAAAUAAGUGGACUUGAAAUGUUUGGGAUAAGUGAACUAAAACUCUUCUCUUUCACCACAAACUCAGUCUUCCGAACAUUGAGAAGCAGCAUCCGCUCCCGUCCAUUCCCACACCAGCCUCUGACCCUGCGAUUCCCAGUAGCAUGCCUUAUUUCCAGCACUCUGUGCAUUUGCUGUUCACAAUAAAAAUCUAUUUUGUCUUGCA